GGUGACCCUGGUUGGGAUUAUCGAAUAAACUCGUCAAUGGAUUUGGAUUCCUCGAGGGUGGCCACGCCCUCCACUUGACAAAACGAGAGCGAUUCAAAACGUUUGCGUCCGCUCCUUUGUCGACGUGGAAAACGAGCUCCGUUUUUGCAUCUGAGGCAACGCGUUUUGCGUUUUAUCGAACGAGAGCGCGCACGCUGACGUCCGCCCAGCUGCUCCGCGCGCUCCCGCGGAUUUCCGCUUCCUGCGUGCUCGGCGACGAGCUCUGCCUCGCGGCCAUUAGCGCGCGCGCACGACGCCUCCGUCGAAUCGAGCUGGGGGAGACCAAACGCGGAGGAGAAAGCGCAAAAAGGGACGGCAGGCUAAGCCUCCCUUUCUCGCCAGCAUGGAGCGAGGCUCGGGGGGGCCGCCGCAGCCGUGCAAGCCGGUCAGCAUCUCGUCGAACCGGCCGGUCCACAUGAACUUGUUCGCCACCUGGGAAGUGGACCGUUCCUCGCCCAGCUGCGUGCCCAGGCUCUUCAGUUUGACCCUGAAGAAGCUGGUCCUCCUCAAGGAGCUGGACAAAGACCUGACCUCGGUGGUCGUCGCCGUCAAACUGCAGGGCUCCAAGCGGAUCCUGCGCUCCAACGAGAUCGUCCUGUCGUCGUGCGGCCUGACGGAGACCGACCUUCAGCUCACCUUCUCUCUGCAGUACCCUCACUUCCUGAAGAGGGACGCCAACAAGCUUCAGAUCAUGCUGCAGCGCCGUAAGCGCUACAAGAACCGGACCAUCCUGGGCUACAAGACGCUCGCCCUGGGCCUCAUCAACAUGGCCGAGGUGAUGCAGCAUCCGAGCGAGGGCGCUCAAGUCCUGGGGCUGCACAGCCAGCUGAAGGACGCCUCGCUGCCCGUGGCCGAGAUGCGCGUCUACUCGCUGUCGAGCCAGCCCAUCGACCACGAGGGACCCAAAGCAAAGAUGUCCGACCGAUCCCCGGACAUCGACAACUACUCCGAGGAGGAGGAGGAGAGCUACUCGUCUGAGCAGGAGGGCAGCGACGAUCCCGUCCACGGACAAUACCUGUACGACGAAGAUGAGGAAGUGCGGAAGAAGAAGCCCAGGCGGAAGCUGGCGUCCAACGCGGCCAUCACCCGGCAGCCAAACAUCAAACAGAAGUUUGUGGCCCUGCUGAAGAGGUUCAAAGUCACCGACGAGGUGGGCUUCGGGCUGGAGCACGUGUCCAGGGAGCAGAUCCAGGAGGUGGAGGAGGACCUGGACGAGCUCUACGACAGCCUGGAGAUGUACAACCCCAGCGACAGCGGGCCGGACAUGGAGGAGACCGACAGCAUCAUGAGCACGCCCAAACCCAAACUCAGGCCCUUCUUUGAAGGGAUGUCUCAGUCCAGCUCCCAGACGGAGAUCGGAAGUCUGAACAGCAAAGGCAGUUUGGGCCGGGACGCUCUGAGUCCGGGGGAGCCGCCACCCGCGGACAGGAUGAAAACAUCGCGCAGCCGAAUUCUGGACGAGGCGCUGUCAGAGAGCGAGACGCUGGAAGGGGCGGAUCAGGAGCUGCUCGCCGACGCCGCCCCGUGCAUCACGGUGUCUGCGGCAGAGAAAACUCGUACGCCCGUCAAGACCGAAAGCCACACGGUGCCAUCGCCCCGGUCGGACGGAGGCCACACGCCCUCCAGGCAGAAGCGCAGCAGCGGCACACCCGUCAAGUCCAAAGCGCAGAGCGAGCGUGCCAACAGUUCCGACUCGGAGAGGUCACCCGAGCUGGGGCACGGCACGCCGGUGCUGAGGAAGGCCGUGUACGACCAGCUCAACCGCAUCCUGUUGGCCGACUCGGCCCUCCCGGAGAGCCUCAUCCUGGUCAACGGUGGAGACUGGCAGGGGCAGUACGUGCUGGAGCAGCUGCAGGUGCACAAGCACCCGGUGGUGUGCACGUGCUCGCCGGCGGAGAUCCACGCCGUCCUGUCCGCCAUCCUCACGCGCAUUCAGAAGUUCUGCAACUGUAACGCGUCCAUGCCGCGCGCGGUGAAGGUGGCGGCGGUGGGCGGCCAGAGUUACUUGGCUGCCAUCUUGCAAUUCUUCGUGACGCAGCUGGCCAACAAGACGUCGGACUGGCUCAGCCACAUGCGCUUCCUGGUGGUUCCUCUUGGCUCCCAUCCUGUCGCCAAGCAUCUGGGCGCGCUGGACAACCGCUACAGCGCCGCCUUCUUGGACGGAGCUUGGCGAGAUGUCUUUAGCCGCUCCGAGGCCCCUCCCACAGACCAACUGGAUGUGGCGGGAAGGAUCGCCCAGUACAUCGGCGGCGCCACGCUCACGCACCAACUGCCCAUCGCCGAGGCCAUGUUGACCUGCAAACACAGGACGCGGGAGGAAGACUCCUACCAGAAGUUUAUUCCCUUCAUCGGCGUGGUCAAGGUGGGCGUGAUCGAGUCCGGACCCUCGUUGGCCGGCGACGCAGAGGACGGCGUAGCCGUGAGCUUGACCGUCCCCUCGUCGUCCCCUCCCUCCCACGGCUCCCCCGCAGGGAUGAUCAAGGAGGCGGCCACCCCCCCCUCGUCCCCCUCCAUGGGAAACGUCGCCGCGCAGGGGAGUCCCGGCAUGUCGCACGGCGUGGACGCCAUCGGCCUGCAGGUGGACUACUGGCUGGCGUCGCUGGCCGAGAAGAGGCGGGAAGGCGAGCGGCGCGACACGGCCUGCAAGAACACGCUGAAAAGCGCCUUCCGCUCGCUGCAGGUCAGCAGGCUGCCGGGCGGGGGCGCCGGCGGGGGGGGCGAGCCUCACGCCGUUCAAGUCAGCACCAUGGCCAUGACGGUGGUGACCAAGGAGAAGAACAAAAAAGUGGCCACCAUCUUCCUGGGAAAGAAGCCCAAAGAGAGGGAGGUGGAUUCCAAGAGUCAGGUGAUCGAAGGCAUCAGUCGUCUCAUCUGCUCGGCCAAGCAGCAGCAGACCAUCCUGAAAGUUUCCGUCGAUGGCGUCGAGUGGAACGACGUCAAGUUUUUCCAGCUGGCUGCUCAGUGGCCUACUCAUGUCAAGUACCUUCCUGUUGGACUUUUUGGCUACACGAAGCCUCCCUCCUAGGCGGCGGCGGCGGUCCACUUGACAACUUGGCUUGAUCUUUGCCCGUCCUCCAUCCUCAUCGUGCUUUUAUGCAAUCCAGACAACCUGCGAGGUCACAACAGGACCUCAAAUACAACAGUGUUGCCCUGCUAAUCCAUGAGUAAUUGAACCUCCCCCGCCCCACACACACAGAAAAAAAUGAUUCCAUUGCUGAUAAAGCCUCCAAGGUGAUGGGUUUUUUUUUUUUUUUAGACAGAGCUACGGCUCGACUAAAUGAGGCUGGUGUAGGUACGUUUUGUCGAUGAAUGAUGGAAGAACAUUGUGAAUAGGUCAAAUUGUAACUAUGUCCACAUCGAAAAGAGGCGACGUACGUUGGAAGAACGCAGAAGGGGUUUGCUGUGCCCCUGUGUGUGUAUGAUGUGUUGUGUGAACGCAACACAUAGCACUUGUGCUCCUUUGGGCUCAGUUGUCAAUCAAAACUGAGGACUGCUUGACUCAGAAAAAAACAAAAACAAAACAACAACAACAAAAAAAGUGAACAUUAGUGGUGGAAUGUGUGGAAGGCAAUGAGGGUGCUGUCAAUAGAAAACAGGAAGUAGAUUUUUUUUUUAAUAUGCAUUUCCGUGGUGCUGAAAGGUGUUCUUUGUAUUCAAGUCAACGUUUCACAGAAUUGUUGUUUUGUCGCUAGUAAAUGGGCUCCGGAUGUACGUUAUGUGCGACUUGUGGAGAGCUAUUAUGCACACAUGCCUUUUGUCUUUUAAGCGUUUUGCCUCUUAACAGUAAUAAUGAUUGUACAUAUGUGACAUUGUUUCAUGUUUUGUAGUUCUGCUUUUUCAUGGUUGCAUUUGUCAGUCAAACAAGUCAACAGAAAGUGCUUGUUUGAUUUUGUUGAAUCAAAAAAAAAAAAAAUGGCACAUCUGGA